UGAAGGGUCUGCCCCCGUCGGUGCCCUUGCAGACCCGAUCAUCUCACUCGAUCUUCCUCUUCUCGCCCGAAACAGACAGCGGUACGUACAUGAACGCAUGAUCCUCAUCUCGCACACACCUGCUUUACCUACUUUGUAAGCAUGAUAUUCCGUCUUGCACAUGCCCAACACCUACGGCAGCAGCACGUAUCAUACGAAACACCUCAGGUUCCCUCUCCUCUCAUCGUACGAAACGAACACCUGCUUGAACAUUUUUUUUGUUAUGUCUUGUGCGUCAGGCGCUGCUCAUCCACGGGGCGGACGCGAUGGGCGGCAGCACCGACCCCGAUGGUCAGAGGGGGUUCGGCCGCAUCAACCUCGACUCGGCCUUGCCCUUCGAAGGGGAGGGCUUGUGGGCGCUGUAUAUCGAGGACGCCGACGGCUCCACGACGAGCGCGGGACAGGUCGAAGCCAUGGAGACGGAGGUGCGGACGUUCACGGUGUCGGAGGAGGACGCGGACACAGCGGUGGCGGGGGGGUCGGGCAGCGGGCCCGGGGGCAUCCGGGCGACCCUGGUGUGGAUGGACCCUCCGGCCACGACUUCGUCCUCGGUGCAGCUGGUGCACGACCUCGACCUCUUCCUAGAGGGGCCUGAUGGCACCAUCUGGACCAUGUCGGGGCAGUGCACCAGCGACCAGGACUCGUGCUCCCUCGACAACCGCAACAACGUCGAGCGCGUCGUGGUGCCGGCAUCCGACAUCACCGCUGGCACCUGGACCGUCACCGUCUCCGCCUCCAACGGCCUCGUGGAGGGCGGGCCCCAGACCUACGCGCUUGCGGUGUCCCUGCCAAUCUCGACCGCCGAAGCCGAAUCCACCGCCGCCCCCACCACCGCCGCCCCCCGCACCCCCCCCUCAUCUGCCUCGCCUACCGCGGGGCCGCUGACGGGUACCCCCGGCGGGUCCGUCUCUGGGACCCCUUCUCCGACCGCCGCCGCGACAACGGGGUUUACGCCGCCGGCGGCGGCGACGACUCCGCCGUCGCCUUCUCCGCCAACGCCCCCUCCUUCUUCCGGGGGAACGGCGGCGGCGACAGCGACGCCCGCCCCGACGCCCGCCGGGACGGGAGCUGCUACGGGGCGGCCUUCUUCUGCCGCCGCGUCUGUCGAUGGCGAUGGCGAUGUCGAUGUCGAUGUCGAUGGCGAUGGCGGCGGCGGUGACACGCCGGCGCCGUCGUUGAUCAUCAUCGCGUCCCCGGUGGGCGGCGACGCCCCCGCUACCCCGGCCCCGGUGAUCACGAUCGCGUCUCCGGGAACGAACGAGGACUCGUCGAUCGGUGAGGGCUCGACCCCGGCCCCGUAUGCUAGUAGCAUCGACGACAGUGAUAAUGAUAGCGACGGCAGCAGUGGUGAUGGUGAUGAUGUCGGGGACGGCGCUCGUGCGAUCGGCGGGACUCCAUCGCCGACGGAAGGCGUUGAGGCGGCAGGGACGUCGUCGGGAGCGGCGGCGGUGGUUCUCGGAGGGGGUGGCGGCGGGGGAAGGUUGUUGCUGUGUGUGGCCGCGGCUGCUGUCCUUGCGACGGCGGCGGUUGGAGAACCGGGGUCGCUGUCCGCUUGGUGAUGUGCCGGUGAAGCAGGCGGUGGCGACGGCGGAGGAGUCAGGUGCGCUGGAGACGAUAGGUGUUGAGUUUACUGCUCUUUUCGUGAAAAGCAGUCGUUUUUUUUUCAUGUGCCGGUUUGCACGUUGUUUGCCCCGCCAUGAGAGGGAAGUAGAGAGCGCCGCCCAAUCGUAUCAUCACCUUCACCCGGCGUCUGUUGUGUUUUGUGACGGAAAUGGAUGUGCUUCAUGUCGAGGGAUUGGGAAUUUUCGACGACGACGACGACCCUCUUUUUUAUGUUGGAGUCCAUGUUCUGCUAACAGUACUGCGCGAGAGCGCAUGUCGUGCUCUUGUGCAGACAGCCGUGCUUGUGUGAGUAGCGACGAUGGUGGUCUUAUAUUUGCUAACCCGAUGGCGUUGGGCAAAGGAAGUGAAGGAAGAUAUUGCACGGCGUGAUGUAGGGACGACGGCGGCCGUCAGUCAGCGCUCAAGAACAUUACAAUACCAGCACGUUGGUGCGUGCCUUUUUUGCGUUAAAUCUGCUCCAAGUAGAAUAGCUUAUCGUCGCCGUCGUUGUUGUCGUCGUCGUCGGCGGCGGCAAAGUUGCGUGUUUCUGUGUAUUGUGUCGGAAAAACGAUGCAUGUGGUUUAGGUAUCUUUUGGCAGCAUUUGUGUGUGCCUUUCGACGUGAGUGAGAAGUGUCGUGUUUCGGCGGUUGGGUCUGUUGGUUCUUUCUAUUUGUGUCGUCGUCAUUUUCUCCGUCCAGCCUUGCGACGUUCGCUUGCAAGCCGAGUCCUCCCACAGCCAGAAACUUGUCCUUGUUCUUUUUUCUUGUGGUCUGCAGCAGAUGUAGAUAGAUGCCCACGCGACAGCAGCGAGCGGCGGUGUAGGACGGAGGCAUUUUUUUUUUUUUCAUGUCAGCUAUGUUUUUGUUUUUUUCCUCCUCGUGUAGCGUUUGAACGACAUCGACAGCAGCAGCAGCAGCAGUCGUAGAGGAGUUACAGGCAAGCCGAGUGGGUGGUGUGUUACGUAUAGCGGGCUCGUCAGCCACAUCGUUAUUUGUAGCGAGUGACCAGGCCCCCCGCCGUCCGCCGGGAAAGUGGCGUUUUCAAGGUUUAUUGAUGUUUGAGUUUUGCAUGUCGUGGGUAACGGUUUGCUGUUAUUUUAUUUCGGUGUUGUGCUUCGUUUCCUAACCCUGUCCUUUUCUCUUUUCACGAUUAGUAUGGAAGCUUCUGGAAACUUUCUUCCCCCUUAUGGAGCGGUGGGAAUUUCCUCCCACGGGUUCUUUUUUUUUUUCAAUUGUUUUGUUUUUGUUUCCACAGCUGUGUUUCCUGGUUUUGGGUCAAAGCGCGCGCGUGAACACGAACGAUCUUUCGCGUGCUUCUGAUAAGAGGAAGUGCUUAAAGGGAGGAGGAGGAGGAGG